AAAAAUUAUUCGACUAGCUCGAUUAUAAAUGGCGUGCUGUUCUGAAGGAGGUUACGCCACAAAUCGCUUCCAAAUUACUGUGGAUAGCAACUUUCUUUGUCCAGUCUGUGCUGAAGUCUUAAAAGAUCCUGUUCAAUGUCGAAAUCAACAUUAUUUCUGCAAAAGCUGCAUAAAGAAACACCUUGAAAAGAAUGCGAAAUCAUGCCCUAUUUGUGUGCAAGAUCUGAGCGAGGAAACAUUGGCUCAGCCUCCUAGGAUUCUUACAGAUUAUUUGAAUGGUCUUAUGAUUAGCUGCGAUCACUCGGAAAGAGGUUGUACUGAGGUGCUACCAGUUUCAGGACUACAAGCACAUGUUCCUGAGUGUAACUACCGUCCCAUUGUUUGUACAAAUGAGAAAUGUGGACAAACAUUCAACCAAGAAGAUCUGACUGAACACGUGAUCAAUGCAUGUGAGUACAGACUGGUACAUUGCUCUGACUGUGAGGAUGAAAUGAUUUAUAAGAAGUUCAGUAAGCAUGCAUGUGUACUCACUAAGGAUCUCAACAAAUUGGAACUAGAAAGGUCAGAAAUAAAAAAUGUUUUGGGAGAAAUUUGCAAUUCCCAGAAAGAAAUAGUUGAUUCUCAGAAAGAAAUGUGCAAUUCCCAGAAAGAAAUCUUGAAUGCGGUACGAGAUUUGGUACAUGAUCAACGAAACAUAGCAAUCUCACCAAUCCCACAAGCAUCCUCACCAAACGUUAUCGCUAGUGUCAUGGUUAUUGGUGGCAAGAAUGCAGAGGGUAAUUUGAGCUCAGUUGAAGUUUUGUAUCCAGGUUCUCAGACAUGGAAAGUGUUGCAAUCCAUGCAAGAAUCCCGUGGUUCUGCGGCAUCAGUAUUGUAUGGAAAUGAUGUCAUUGUCACUGGAGGACGGUCCAUCGAAAGUAGUAGUGAUACAAUAGAAAGAUUGUCAUUGGUCUGCAAGCCGUUGAAGUGGAUUCCUUUCCUUGCAGAAUUGCCACUGAAGAUUUGUGGACAUAAGGUUGCUGUAGUUAACAACUGCCUUUAUUUGGUUGGUGGAUAUGCUGGGGGAAAUUCUCUGAAUGAUGCUAUUUACAGCAUCUUACUUCAUCCUCCAUACACCAUAGAAUUGAAAUGCAGAAUGUCACAGCCGAUCUGUUUUCAUGGUCUGCAAGCUUUCAAAGAGUCCCUGUUCAUAUUUGCGGGAUCACAAAAUGGUAAUGUUGAUACUACUGUUAACACUGUAUUAUCGUAUAAUACAGUGAGUGAUGAAAAGAAAGAAAUGCAGUCUUUGCCUUUUGCAAUUUGUGAUGUAGCCACUGUAAGAUGGAAUGACAAUGUCAUCAUUAUUGGGGGCACCACUAAUACGUCUGUGUCUUUAAACACAGUAAUCCUGUACAGCGUGAAGGAAAAUAAGCAUAAAAUGUUGGCAUCAAUGAAGCAUGCAAGGUCGUCAUGUGCAGCAACAAUUGCUGGUAACAAAGUCAUUGUGAUGGGAGGUUAUGAUUGGUUUGAAAAGAAAAGUCUUAAUUCUGUGGAAUGUUUUGACCUGGAUCACCAAGUAUGGGAAGAACUUCCAGCGAUGAAUGAAGCCCGAAGUGAGGCCACUGCUGUGAUCUAUGCUGGGCUAUUUUAGUGUGGAUUAUUACAGCUUGAUAACAGGUGUGUAUACACAGCCUUAUUUCAUGAGUUCUGGCUAUGAACAACUGGACUUCCAGGCAGAAUGGAAAUAACUUUGCUAAUUUUAAAGCUUAAUUAAUUAUUUAAUAUAGAUUAGAGUCGGUACUCAGCUUCAUGCCAGACUGCACCAGGCAUUAGAAACAUUUCAUAAUCAAGAGAUGAUCAGCUUGAGGUUGGAGAUAUAGAAAUAUACAGUGUGUAUAAAAAAAAAGUAAUCGAACUUCAGCAUGUUAUUGUAUGUGUAAUUAUGAACAAAUUGUUUCAUAUUCGGAAAGAUCAGGCUUUUAGCUGUUGAAUAACAUGUUUUUCAUGCCAAGUGGAGAAAAAAUAAGCAAGUACGAGUCCGAUAAAAAAUGUUAGUCAGAAUCGCAUAUUUUCACCUGUGUGUUUAAUCAAAAAGCAAUUAAUCACGAACGUGUCGUAGCUUAGCUAAGAUUUAUUCCUACUUGAUAAUAAUUAUGAAUAUGUGCGCAGUAAUUCAUGAAAAGUUCUAAAGGGGGUUAAUUUUCAAUGGUUUUAGACCCAACUCUCAACAGUGAAAAUAUGCGAUUCUGACUAACAUUUUUUAUCAGAUUCGUAUCUGCUCAUUUUUUAUCAUUUUGAGAACAUAUCAUUCAACAGCUAAAAGCUUGAUUUUUUUCAAAUAUGAGAAGAUCUCAUUCAUAUACAGAAUAAUUCAGAAACAAUGGUGCGCUGAAGUUUGAUUACUUUUUUUAUACACCCUGUAUAUAUAAAGUUAUGACAAUAUAUGUCAUAUAUAAAUUGUGAAAAUGAUCAUAGCUCUACUAACAAUAAUGUUACAAACUAAGGAGAAAUUUUAAAAUUUCUGCAUUAAUGGUUUUUGAAUGGUUUUUAAAGAUUUACCAUGCAUAAUCAAAUAAUGUAAAAACUGAACUCUUACCAUUAUUGGUUAUUAUAGAUUUCUGAUAUGGUAAAUUGGUAAAAACCAUGUUUAAUGUUUACCAUUAACCCUUUAAGUGGCAAUGCACCCCAUUGCGCUGUACUUUAGUAUUUUACUCUGUCUGAGACCAGAGUAUUUUACUUUGUCUGACACCAGAUGAUCUUACUUGUCAAGUGAAGUGGAUAGUGCUGCCACUCAAUGGGUUAAUUAAUGGCAUUUUCCUAUAUGCACAGAAAAAAUAAAGUGCCAAAUGUCAUAUCAAUUGUACAUAUUAACCCAUUAGAGUGCAAGACUCUCCCCUUGACGAAUAAAAUUGUCCGGCGUUACACAGAGUAAAAGAAUAAAGUAGGGCGCAUUAAACAUGGUAUUUACUGAUAUACCAAAUGGGAAAUCUACAUAUAAUAACCAAUAACUGUAAGAAUUCAGUUUUGACAUUCAAAAAGCCAUUAAUGGAAAGUAGUGGUUACCUCCUAGCUUAUUCCACUAAUUAGCUACAUUAGACUGUAGUAUUGAUUCAUUAAUUCUCCAUGACAUUACUGCCGUAUAUUUAGAGUUUCAAAUCCUUCAACCAAGUUGUAGUUCAGCCCUUCUUGCUAGUGACACAGCCUGACGUACUUGAGUUGAAGCAGGAUUUUGAAUUUUUCCAUGUUUCUUGUAUCCAAGCACUAUCACGGCCAGGCAAGCUAGCGGAAACACAAAACAACUGUUUGAUUAUCGGUAAAAUUUUAGGUACAAGAAGCAAAAACAUAGGCAUAGCAUUUCGCGGAGUAAUACUCUUAUAGAUUAGAGCAAUUCACUAAUAGGUAAUUAGUUUUAAGUAAUAAAUAAAUAAAUAAUAAGUAAUUAAGAUUAUGCAUCAGAGCAUUAACUUAAGAUUAGAGUUUGUAUAAGAUUAUGUGAAAUAUAUUGCAUGCCUUUUGUAUAUCUUUUACUGCGGC